UGAAUCAUCCGAUGUUGUAGAUGAUUUCUGUGAUAAACUAUUGAAUGAACAAGAACUUGAAUGCGUGUUACCUGAAUUAAAGCAUGAAUUAACUUACGUUGAAGGGACCAAAAAACAAGCUACUCAAGAGAUAAUUGACAUUUUCGAAACCAAACCUUUGAGUACUGAAUGCACUCCCAAAAAAGUCUUGUCUAUUAAUGAAUUGCCAGGUUAUAUUGUUGGUAAACUUACAAAGAUAUGUGAAACAGUCCAAUCUACUACCUCUGGCCCGGUCGGAGUUGCGAACCAUGUCAACCCUGAAGCCAAAGUCUCUGCUUAA